AUGCUAAGCUCGUCCGAAUCGUCGCGACGGCGCAAGAAGGAUCCGGAAGGGGAGCGCAAAAGCCCCAAGUCCAAGGACCGCGACCGCGAGAAGGACAAGGACAGGGAGCGUCACAGGAGCAGCAAGUCCUCGAGGUCGUCGGGCAGCACCCGCAAGCCCCGCUCCAACCCUUCCAAGGAGGACGUCACUGAGCUGGGCGAGCGUCCCCGUCCCUCGUCCACGUCGGCUCCCAAAUCGCACAAAAUGGCAGUCGUGCCGGAGAUGGAGCGCAGGAGCUCAAUGGGCACCAGCUCGCUGAACGGCUCGCGGACGAGCCUGGGGUAUCCCACAUUGUCGAGGACGCACGCCAAGGAGAACAUUUACAAGCGCGAAGGGCCCGUUGAUCGGACAUCUUCGCCAUUCACGCCUGAGCCCACCGAUGUCGACGACGAGCAGAAGGAGAAUAAGUCACCACCUGCGCCGACGCGGGCACCUCCCAGCCCACCGGUCACCGCCAGCAAUGGCGCAGAUCUCAGGAAGACGGCCAGUAGGAACAGCAUGCGGAGGAAUGCUGAUGAGCUACAUAGAGAGAUGGCAUCAGGCAGGCAAAGUGUCGACAGCGGCACCCGCUUGACGCCUGAUCCACGGACUGGGGCGGCGUCACGCUCGAGCAUCAGAGAUGCAGACAUCGACAGCACGGAAUUCACAUCGACGACCAGCAGCCAGCCCAGCACUGUACGCGCAAAGUCCCCGAAAGCCCCUCCGACAAGAGCACCACCAGCGCCACCCAAAGCUCCACCACCACGAUUGAAGACAGCCAGCCCUUCAAAUGCGCGAGCAUCAGGAACAGCACCGUCAACGACCGUAAGAGCACGCUCGCGUCAGGCCUCCGAAGUCACGCAGUCGACUGGUUCCGACUUCACGUCAGUGCUGCCAGAACGUCAACCAUCCCGCAGAGUGGACCCGUCACCCACCAAUUCUGAAGUCUCGCCCGAUUCUGUGAUGGACUCCUCACCGCGCACACCAACGCAGCAUUCAGCCAUUCCCACCGUCCUUUCAGCGAAGAAGGUGCCUGAGAGACCUUUCGUUGAGAUCAUUACUGACCCCCUCUCCCGCACUCAGUCAGUAGACUCUGCCUAUAAUGAAUCUCCUCUCACGCCGCCUCCCCCUCCGCCACCACCAGCCAUGAUGGAUCCACCCAGAGUGGAUUAUCUGCUCCAAAAUGGAGGUCUGAAGCAGCCAGUCCCUCGCACUCUACUAGCCGCGAUGGAUGGCACACCAGUACCUGCUUAUUCUCAGUACAUGUCGCCCCGUGUGUCCGGACCGCAAACACAUGACGCUCGAACGUUCUUCAAUCCACUGCAAAAACUGCUGGACGACUACAAUGCAGUCAUGGACACCAGCGGUUCGUUGGCGGUCGCUACAGGCUACCGUUCUAUAGCCCGUCGUCUGCUCGACCGGCUCGAAGCAGUCUUUGCGCGCAACAUAUCGUCAGAAGAGUGUCCGUGCAUCAUGUGUCUCGACAAACCAAUUCACGAAGACCAAGCUGGCGUAAAUUGGGGCGAAAUCCUCGAACUGGUAUCUGGACGAUGUGACCUCCCUCCAUGGCCGCCUGUAUCUGCAGCUCCAUCAAAUGGCCUUGGUAUCGCUGACCUAGAGCCACCCUGCCAACGUAUUGAUGUCGAUGUGCCGGAGCAAUACCGCGAACACUACCAACAGCAAUCCCGCAAGACCAAAACCGCAGUCCAGUCCUGGCUGUCUAACCAACAGGAAGCGAUUCCCGAAGACGCCGACGACGAAACGCUGACCUUCGCCAUGCUCACUCGUCUAGACCAGACGCAACGCCCGCUGUUCUAUGCCGUGCUUUGGGGCAUGGACAUCAUGCCUCAUCCUCGCGCUACAAAAGACAGCAGACCUACACCACCGUACAUCACGAAAGCCGCCUUGGCACUACAAAGACUGUACAGACUCUACUCUCCGCCUCGCGACCAACUAGUCGUCAUGUACAUGCUCCGCAACCCCGACACGCAUAACACCCUCGCGACCCUCUCGGCCGUCACAAAGCACGAGUGGGAAAUCCUCGUCUCGGGCCGCUUCGACGGCUUCCUCUGGUCCGGCGCCGAACCCUCGCCUUCGGCGUCGCGCACGCCCUCGGGUGAAGUCCCGACGCUUAACGGCCCGCAGCGCUUUGCGUCGCCAUUUGGCGCGCCGAUGAUGAGUCCGCGGCCGGGAUCUGCACGCCCGGGCAGCGCAAGACCAGGUACCGCUGGCCCUGCCCCCGUGCAAAUCGACGAAGAGACGGAAAUCGCGGUCCUCGCUGAGGUAGAGCGUGAGAUCUACCUCGGCAUGGAAGCCAUGGAAGAUGCGUUCGAAGCGCUGCACGUUGCGGCUGAGAAUGUGCGAAGGCGCAUGCGGGAGCGUGGGGCUGCGCUGUCUAUGGUUGCGCAGGCGAGGAGGCCGGCGGAUAUUGAGGUGCGGAUGGGGACGCCGGCGAGUGUGGUUGAGCAGGAGGGGUUGGGGGAUGAAAGGAGUGAGAUUGGGCCUGAUGAUAGUGCGAGUAAUGAGGAGGAGGGGGCAUCGGAGGGAGAGGAGGUGCAGACGCCGGCGACGGUGGAGGAGGAUGGUGGGAGUAGUUUGGCGGAGAGGGUGAGGAGGAAGUAUUAA